AUGAGUGACUUAGACCGGGCGAUCGAGCAGCUGCGGGCCUGCCGCCUGAUCCCCGAAUCGCAAGUACGCGAGCUGUGCUACAAGGCGCGUGAGCUCCUAAUCGAAGAAGGCAAUGUCGUCUCCGUUGAUGCCCCAGUAACUAUCUGUGGUGACAUCCAUGGCCAAUUCCAUGACCUCAUGGAGCUAUUUCGCGUCGGCGGCGACGUGCCUGACACCAACUACCUGUUCAUGGGCGACUUCGUCGACCGCGGUUUCUACUCCCUCGAAUCCUUCCUUCUUCUCCUCUGCCUUAAAGUCCGUUAUCCCGAUCGCAUGACCCUUAUCCGCGGGAACCACGAAUCGCGACAGAUUACGACUGUCUACGGUUUCUACGACGAGUGUAUCCGCAAGUACGGCAGCGCAAAUGUCUGGCGCUACUGCUGUGAGGUUUUCGACUACCUGGCGCUGGGCGCGAUCGUCCUCGGCGCCAGCUCUGAACUUGAGCCUACUGGCUCUGGCAUGAAUGAUACCACCCAAUCAACCAUGCCAAUCGACGACGGUGAGCUGGAAACGGAGGUGUUGAAUUCGCGCGGCGAGGUCACUAUGAGCACCUACCGCCAGCGGCAGCGCGCGGCUUCCGACAUCUCCUCCGACACACAAAAUAUCUCUCCUCCACGUGAUAUCUCGGCUGCCCCGAGCCAGACUGGGGCUCCGAUACGCAAUGGAGUACCGGGCACCGGUGCAAGCGGAGACGGGAACGGCAGCUUGGCGGCGAACCGCACGGGCGCUGUUCUCUGCGUGCACGGUGGACUAUCGCCGCUUAUUGACUCUGUAGACAAGAUCCGACUGAUAGACCGGAAGCAAGAAGUGCCACAUGAAGGCGCCAUGUGCGAUCUUCUCUGGUCCGACCCUGAUGAGAUUGAAGGAUGGGGCCUCAGUCCCCGAGGAGCCGGGUUCCUCUUCGGUGGCGAUAUCGUGAAGUCAUUUAAUCAUCUCAACGGCCUGUCCCUGGUUGCCCGAGCCCACCAGCUCGUUAUGGAGGGGUACAAGGAGAUGUUUGACGGCGGUAUCGUGACCGUGUGGUCCGCUCCGAACUACUGUUACCGCUGCGGCAAUGUUGCAGCAAUACUCGAGCUGGGCGAAGAUGCUAACAAUGGCGGAACGGUUUCGCGCAGUAAUGGAGAAUAUGGCCGGAGUAACGGCGUUGGAGAAUUAAACACAGUUGUCAGCCCUGGGAGAAGAUACCGUGUCUUCGAGGCUGCGGCCCAGGAUACAAGGGGCAUGCCUGCGAAGAAGCCCGUCGCUGAUUAUUUCCUGUGA